AUGGAUAAACAAAACGCAACUUGCAUCGAGGAUGCCGUGGCGGUCACCGCCGACCAGUUCGUUGAGAACCCAGAACUAGAGAAGAGACUGCUUCGCAAGAUUGACAUGCGACUUCUUCCACCCCUGUUCGUCAUGUUGGCAGUAUAUCCUGAACUCAUCGGCAAUGCCAGAGAGGCUGGCAUGGCAAAGGACCUCAACCUUACCUCCUCCAACUACUCCCUUGCAGUUUCCAUCUUCUUCAUCGGCUAUCUCCUGCUGGAGGUGCCCAGCAAUAUGAUCCUCAGUCGAACAAGGCCGAGUCUCUUCCUGCCCGGUCUCAUGAUUGUCUGGGGCGGCAUGGUUAUUGCCUAUGUCGGCGUUGAUACCAAGGAUCAUCUCAUCGCCCUCCGAUUUUGUCUCGGGCUCGUCGAGGCUGGCUUCUUUCCCGGUGUACUUCUACUUCUGAGCAGCUGGUACAAGAAGAGCGAACUCGCGCGUCGAUUCUCUAUUUUCUACUGCUCGUCUCUCCUGUCUGGUGCAGUCGGCGGACUCAUCGUUGAGGGCUGCAUGACGAUCGGAUUCGCCGUCAUUGCAAUCUUUAUCCUGCCCGACUUUCCUGCCACGACAAGGUGGCUCACACCUGAGGAGAGGGAGUACGCCAUCAGACGUCUUGCGAAGGAUAACAACUACACUCUACUAGAGGCACCCGGGCAUUGGCAGAGCUUCAUGCAAGCCGUCAAGGACUGGAGAACUUGGGUCUUUGUGCUGGCUCAGAGCCUGUGUACUUGUGCAGGCACUAUCACCUACUUCAUUCCAACCCUCAUGGUCGCGCUGGGCUAUGAAGGUCAACAAACCCAAUAUAUGACGAUUCCUAUUUACAUGACCGCCCUCGUCAUCGUUCUCAUCAGCUGCUUCUCAUCCGAUCUCCAAAACGAGCGCCCAAAGCACAUCAUGGCAAUGGCCGCCCUCGCCACCUUGUCCUUGAUCAUUGUUGCCGCGGUCGAGAACUCUCGGGUUCGAUACGCGUUUCUCUGCUUUGGCGGUGCCGGCAUCUGGGCAUGUAGUCCCUUGACCUUGAGCUACCUCUCAAACACCAUCAGUCAACCAGCCGAGAAACGCGCAGUUGCCAUUGGAAUCGUCAAUGCACUCGCCAACCUGUCCUCGGUGUACGGCUCAUAUAUCUGGCCGUCGAAUUCGGCUCCCAAGUAUAUCGCCGGCUUCUCCGUCAGCAUCUGCCUAAUGUUCGGAGCAAUUGUGACGGCGUUCCUGCUCAAGGUUUUGCUCAACAAGUUUCCCUACCCAUAUGAAUCAGAGCGCCCAGCUGAAACCGAUCACAAGCUUCAAGCUUGA